AGAUUCCUUUCAAUUCCACAAGCAAACCCAGAAAAAAAAAAAAAAAAAAAAACCUGUAAUUGAGCGAUUGAAAAAAAAAAAAUCAUAAUCAAAAUCAAAAUCAAGUUCUUCAUUUCGGUGGAAUCGAAAGUUUUAAUCUGUGUUUGGUAAAUAUGGACGAUGAGGUGGUACAGCGAGUAUUCCAAGAAGGAGGUCGCGAUUACUUCCAACAGCAACCUUCCACUUCCUCCUCUUCCUCCUCCUCUAUCCUCCAAUCUCUCCCACUUCACGUGUCUUUUGAUCACGGGUAUUAUUUAUUAGUAAAAUCCAUCCAAGAACUAAGAGAGAAAAAAGAAGGUCUCGUAACAGUUGGCAUUGGUGGCCCUAGUGGCUCCGGUAAAACAAGCUUAGCAGAAAAGGUGGCAUCUGUUAUUGGGUGUGUUGUUGUGUCGAUGGAGAACUAUCGCAAUGGAGUUGAUGAAGGGAAUGAUUUGGAUUCAAUAGAUUUCGAGACACUAGUUCGAAAUCUCGAGGAUUUGACAAAUGGUAAAGAUACAGUGAUCCCGGUUUUCGACUAUCAACAAAAGAGGCGUGUUGGUUCAGAAGCAAUAAAGAGUGCUUCUUCUGGAGUGGUAAUAGUUGAUGGCACCUAUGCUCUACAUGCAAAAUUGCGCUCUUUGCUGGAUAUUCGAGUUGCAGUGGUUGGUGGUGUUCAUUUUAGUCUCCUGUCCAAAGUUCGAUAUGAUAUUGGAGAUGCUUGUUCGUUGGACUACCUUAUUGACAGCAUUUUUCCAUUGUUUAGAAAACAUAUUGAGCCAGACCUUCAUCAUGCACAGAUUAGAAUUAACAACAGCUUUGUCUCAUCUUUUCGGGAGGCAAUUUACAAACUAAAAUGCAGAAGUGAGUCACCAGAUGGGCAGUCUUCUUAUUUAUUUCAAGGAUAUGAAGCAGAAACAGAUAAUUUUAUAGAGAUGUAUCUUAGACCCCCUUCAGCAAGUGAAGAAGCACGGAUAAAUGAUUGGAUCAAAGUUCGUCAAUCUGGAAUUAGGUAUUAUCUAUCUCUUGGUGACCAGAGGAUUGUUGACAAAAAUUUCAUCAUCAGGCCAAAAGCUGAGUUUGAGCAGGUUGGACGUAUGACUUUAGGCGGGCUGCUUGCUUUGGGAUACAAUGUCGUUGUUAGUUACAAACGAGCAUCUACGUCAAUCAAUAAUGGCACUGUAUCAAUGUCACUCGAAACCAUUGAUACUCUUGAGGAGACAUUCAUGGUGCUGAGAGGCACAAAUAGGAAAACAGUUGGAAAAGAAGCGUUAAAGAUGGGCAUUGGGGGACCUUGGAUCACUAAGUCAUAUCUGGAAAUGAUUCUGGAUAGAAAAGGUGUACCUCGUCUUAAUACACCACCACUUGUGUCUAGUACUUCUCUUACCAGUAACCAAGACAGAACAAUAGCUGCACCCAAGCCCAUCCGUGUUACUCCGAAUCUCGUACCUAGGCUUGAGGAUUUAUCUCAGCCAUGGACUCGAUCCCCAACAAAAGCAACAAUGGAACCUGUAGUGGCAACAUGGCAAUUCCUUUCAUCAGAUCCUCAUUGUGCUGAUAGCUCAACCAUAGAUCCUUCCACUUUCAGGGAUACCAUGAAACUUGCUCCAAUGCCGGAUUCAUAUGACUUGGAUAGGGGAUUGCUUCUUGCUGUGCAAGCAAUUCAGGCUUUGUUGGAGAAUAAAGGUUUCCCAGUUAUAGUUGGCAUUGGAGGUCCAAGUGGGUCAGGAAAGACUAGUUUGGCUCACAAAAUGGCAAAUAUAGUUGGUUGUGAAGUUGUUUCACUCGAAAGCUAUUAUAGGUCCGAACAUGUUAAGGAUUUCAAGUAUGACGACUUUAGCUCGCUUGAUUUAUCCUUGCUCUCAAAAAAUAUUGAUGAUAUAAGAAAUGGCCGGAGAACAAAAGCGCCUGUUUUUGAUUUGGAGACUGGUGCCCGGAGUGGCUUCAAGGAACUUGAAGUUUCAGAAGAUUGUGGGGUGAUCAUUUUUGAAGGAGUUUAUGCUCUGCAUCCUGAUAUCCGAAAAUCUCUGGACUUGUGGAUUGCUGUUGUUGGCGGUGUUCACUCGCAUCUUAUCUCCCGAGUUCAAAGGGAUAAAAGUAGAAUGGGGUACUUUAUGUCCCAGAACGAGAUUAUGACGACAGUGUUUCCAAUGUUUCAGCAGCACAUUGAACCACAUCUUGUUCAUGCACAUCUCAAAAUUCGAAAUGACUUUGAUCCUGUGCUUUCUCCUGAGAGCUCAUUGUUUGUGUUAAAGAGUAACAAGCAAGUGGGUUAUCAAGAUAUCUUGAAAUUUCUUGAUCCAGCAAAGUUCUGUAGCUCUGUUCAGAAUUUCAUUGAUUUAUAUUUCAAACUUCCGGGGAUUCCUACUAAUGGGCAGUUGACUGAAAGUGAUUGUAUACGGGUUAGAAUAUGUGAGGGCAGAUUUGCACUGUUGAUACGUGAGCCAAUAAGAGAAGGAAACUUCAUCAUUCAACCAAAAGUAGAUUUUGAUAUUAGCAUCAGUACAGUUGCUGGCCUUCUUAACCUGGGGUAUCAAGCUGUAGCUUAUAUCGAAGCAUCUGCAUUCAUUUACCAAGACGGAAAGAUUUUAAUUGAGAUUGAUCAUUUACAAGAUGAGCUUGGUCCAUACCUACAAAUCAAGGGGGUUAAUAAAGAGGCAGUCAAAACUGCUGGUUCAAUGCUUAAACUGGAUGGUUCAUAUACGACAAAGAGUUAUCUUCAGAUAGUCCUGGAAAGAUUACCUGCACUGGAAAGGAAUUCUGCCGGUAUUCACACUCAUCAAGCUGCAAGGUUGCACGAGCUUGUAGAAUUCAUUCAAUCUCAGGGAAGCUGUUCGGCUUCUGAAUCCUCACCGAGCAGGGAAAUUUCUCCAAUGGAAGGGGUUAUUGAAGACAUGCAAUCAAGGAUUAGAAGGCUUGAACGCUGGCAUACAAUCAAUACAGUACUAUGGACUUUUUUGAUGUCUGCCCUUGUUGGUUACUCACUCUACCAAAGAAAACGACACUAAUUUCUAUUUCUGGACUCUAAUUGCAAGAAGAGUUCUCCUUGACUGUAUAUUGCAAUGGCAGUAUCUUUUUUCACUGCCUGGCUUUCAUGAAUUCUCCUUCCACACAAUUUCAUAUUAAGCACAGUUUUCAACAGGAACUUCCCAACGAGCACUUGUUUCCCUGGUCUAGGAUCAGUGCCAGUCAUAAGAAACGUUUUAUGAUUGUAACUUUAAAGCAAUUACUUUCGUUGUCCCCUUUUUGGGGAAUUCUCAAGAGGAAAUGAAAAUAAUAACAGGUUGAGAAAUUUGAUGAAUAA